GAAAACCAUUACGCAGCUGUUAGACGUCUACCAACACAAAGCGCAGAGACAACAUCAUCAGAAACCAUGACUCAGGUGAAACAGUCCGUUACCCGCCAGUCGUUCUCGAGCUCCAGCUCUCGUCCCUCCUUCACCUCGCACUCCCUGUCCGGUGGAUACAACAGGCGCAUCGCGGUCGGACGCGCGCCGAGCGUCUAUGGAGGCGCCGGGGGGUCUAGCGUGCGCGUCUCGUACGCACAGAACAACGGGUUUGAUCUGGCCAGUGCGCUCGGCGGGGGCGACAGUAGUUUAGGCAAUUUCAACGAGAAGUCCACCAUGCAGAACCUCAACGACCGCCUGGCAACCUACUUGGAGAAGGUGCGCUCUUUGGAGAAAGCCAACGCGCAACUGGAGCGUCAAAUCCGCGAGUGGUACGAAUCGAGAACACCGGUCACCAGAGACUACAGCAAAUAUUAUGUCAUCAUUGAGGACCUCCGCAAAAAAAUCUCCAUCGCCACCCAGGACAAUGCCCGCAUCGUCCUGCAAAUCGACAACGCCAAACUAGCGGCCGAAGACUUCAGAGUCAAGUACGAGAAUGAGUUGGCAAUGCGUCAGUCGGUGGAGGCAGACAUUGCUGGCCUGAGGAAAGUUAUGGAUGAAUUGACCAUGAUCCGGUCAGAACUGGAGAUGCAGAUUGAAGGUCUGAAGGAGGAGCUCAUCUACUUGAAGAAGAACCACGAAGAGGAGCUCGCUGCUCUUCGCGCCAACAUGUCGUCCAGCUCCGUCAACGUGGAAGUCGACGCCGCACCACAUCAGGACCUGGCCCGCAUCAUGGAGGAGAUGCGCCAGCAGUACGAGGGCAUUACCGAGAAAAACCGCCGAGAGAUGGAGGGUUGGUACAAGGCCAAAUUCGAUGAACUCAACAAGGAAGUGUCCACCAAACAAGAAGACUUCUCGCAGUCUCGCAGCGAAGUCAACGAGCUCAGGAGAACGCUGCAGUCUCUGGAGAUCGAACUCAACUCUCAGCUUAGCUUGAAAGGAGCUCUGGAAGGCACACUUGCUGACACAGAGGGACGCUACGGCGUUCAGCUCAACCAAUUGCAAUCGCACAUUAACAGUCUGGAGCUGGAGCUAAGCCAGAUGCGCACUGACAUCGAGAGACAGGGUAACGAAUACAAAGUGCUCCUGGACAUCAAGACCAGACUAGAGAUGGAGAUCGCGGAGUACAGAAGACUUCUGGAUGGAGAGGCCGUUCAGACACAAUCGUUCAAGGUUGUAGAAGUUGUGUCCCCUCCCCCCCCUCCAAAGCACCAACCUGUCAUUACUAAACGCGUACGCACGGUAAUCGAAGAGGUGAUCGACGGAAAAGUUGUUUCUCGCACAGAGGAUGUCGAUGUCCUGAAUUAAAGACGACAACCUUACAGAAAAUAAAUUGUACGCCUGAAUAUGAAAUAAAUGAUCCCUUUUUUAACACUUCAUGUAAAACACAAUUGAAAAUAAAUGGACAAGCUGCGAAAUUCAA